AUGAGCUCCUUUGAUCCACAAACGCACUCUCCACCACGCUGCAGCCCCCAGUUUCCAAAUAUCGGUCAAGAACCUCCAGAGAUGAGUAUCUACUAUGAGAACUUUUUCCAUCCACAGAACAUCCCUAGUCCACAGCGACCGAGCACCUUUGAGGCGACGGAUUACAAUGCCACUCCCAAUCCUUACCUCUGGCUAAAUGGACCUUCCAUAACCCCACCACCAUACCUCCCAGGAUCCAAUGCCAGUCCCUUCAUUCCUCAGUCUUAUGGGAUGCAAAGGCAACUCUUGCCUAACAUGCAUGGCUUGGGAGGAACUGACCUUGGCUGGCUUCCUCUCCCGUCCCAAGAAGAGCUUAUGAAGUUGGUUAGACCACCUUACUCCUACUCUGCACUUAUUGCCAUGGCUAUCCAUGGAGCACCUGAAAAGAGGCUGACUCUCAGUCAGAUCUACCAGUAUGUGGCUGACAACUUCCCAUUCUAUAACAAAAGCAAAGCUGGCUGGCAGAACUCCAUACGACACAACUUGUCUCUCAACGACUGCUUCAAGAAGGUGCCCCGAGACGAAGAUGAUCCAGGAAAAGGGAAUUACUGGACUCUGGACCCAAACUGUGAAAAGAUGUUUGACAAUGGAAACUUUCGCAGGAAGAGGAAAAGGAAGUCUGACAUUGGGGCUAGUGCUCUUGCAUCUGAGAAAUCGGAGGAUAGUGCCCUGACUGGAAGCCCCAAAGCUGUGGACCAUCAGGAUGUCUUGGAAAACUCAUCACCUGGGACUGACAAUUCACCUGAGAAAGGAUCUCCACCUCCAUCUUCCAGUAGCCCAUGCCUCAGUAACUUCCUUUCCAGUAUGACUGCAUAUGUUAAUGGCUCUAACUCAGGGAGCCGCUCAGUGCCUUUGGGACUCAACCCUGAACCCAUUGACAAAAUGGGACAGAAUAUGGUAGGCUUUAAUUCCUACUCUCCACUCUCUAAUAUCCCCAGUCAUGGUGUGGGAGAGUGGUCCAAUUCUAUGCCUUCUAGCCACCUUGGCCACAGCAACUCUGUGCUCAACCAGUUUAACACCCAUUUUUACAGCAGUAUCAGCACAAACAACACACUGUAUUCCAGGGAAGGAACAGAGGUUUAA